GGAAAACCAUAUAAAUCCUUGGAGUGUGGAAAGAGCUUCUCUCAAAAUACAUCCCUUAUGAGUCACAAAUGUCUCCACACAGGGGACAAGCCAUAUAAGUGCGUGGAGUGUGGAAAGAGCUUUCGUAGUAGGAGUGAACUUACUUCCCAUAAAAGGAUCCACACGGGGGAGAAACCAUUUAAAUGUGUAGAGUGUGGAAAGAGCUUUCGUAGUAGGAGUGAACUUACUUCCCAUAAAAGGAUCCACACGGGGGAGAAACCAUUUAAAUGUGUAGAGUGUGGAAAGAGCUUUCGUAGUAGGAGUGAACUUACUUCCCAUAAAAGGAUCCACACGGGGGAGAAACCAUUUAAAUGUGUAGAGUGUGGAAAGAGCUUCAGGACAAGUAGUCAACUUACUGUCCAUAAGAGGACCCACACAGGGGAAAAACCAUAUAAAUGCAUGGAGUGUGGAAAGACUUUUUGUCAAAACGGUGAUCUUACUUCCCAUAAAAGAAUCCACACAGGCGAGAAGCCAUAUAAGUGUCUGGAGUGUGGAAAGGGCUUUACUACUAGGAGUCAACUUACUCCCCAUAAAAGGAUCCAUUCAGGGGAGAAACCACAUGAAUGCAUGGAGUGUGGAAAGAGCUUUACUCAAAGCAGUCACCUUAUUGCUCAUAAAUCUCUCCACACAGGGGACAAGCUUUAUAAGUGCAUGGAGUGUGGAAAGACUUUUCAUCAAAACGGUACUCUUACUUACCAUAAAAGGAUCCACACAGGGGAGAAGCCAUUUCAAUGCAUGGACUGUGGAAAGAGUUUCUCUAAUAAUACAUGCCUUAUAAAUCAUAAAAGGAUCCACACAGGGGAGAAGCCAUUUCAAUGCAUGGACUGUGGAAAGAGUUUCUCUAAUAAUACAUGCCUUAUAAAUCAUAAAAGGAUCCACACAGGGGAGAAGCCAUUUCAAUGCAUGGACUGUGGAAAGAGUUUCUCUAAUAAUACAUGCCUUAUAAAUCAUAAAAGGAUCCACACAGGGGAGAAACCAUAUAAGUGCAUUGAGUGUGAAAAGAGCUUUCGUACUAGAAGUAAACUUACUUUCCAUAGAAGGAUCCACACAGGUGAGAAACCCUAUAAAUGCAUGGAGUGUGGAAAGAGCUUCUCUAAUAAUACAUACCUUAUAAAUCAUAAAAGGAUCCACACAGGGGAGAAGCCAUUUCAAUGCAUGGAGUGUGGAAAGAGCUUUCGUAGUAGGAGUGAAGUUACUUCCCAUCAUAAAAGAAUCCACACAGGGGAGAAGUCACAUGAGUGCAUGGAGUGUGGAAAGAGCUUUCGUACUUGGAGUGAACUUACUUCCCAUCAAAGAAUCCACACGGGGGAGAAACUUUAUAAAUGCAUGGAAUGUGGAAAAAGCUUCAGCACAAACAGUUCUCUUAUUUCUCAUAAAACGACCCACACAGGGGAGAAAUAUGAAUGCAUGGAGUGUGGAAAGAGCUUCUUUAAUAAUACAUGCCUUAUAAAUCAUAAAAGGAUCCACACAGGGGAGAAACCAUAUAAGUGCACAGAGUGUGGAAAGAGCUUUCGUACUAGGAGUAAUCUUACGUCCCAUAAAAGGUUCCACAUAGGGGAGAAGCCAUAUAAGUGCAUGGAGUGUGAAAAGAGCUUUCGUACUAGGAGUGAACUUACGUUGCAUAAAAGGAUCCACACAGGUGAGAAACCGUAUAAAUGCAUGGAGUGUGGAAAGAGCUUCAGAACAAGCCGUCAACUUAUUGCCCAUAAUUCGAUCCACACAGGGGACAAGCCAUAUAAGUGCAUGAAGUGUGGAAAGAGCUUUCGUACUAGGAGUGAACUUACGUCCCAUAAAAGGAUCCACACAGGUGACAAACCCUAUAAAUGCAUGGAGUGUGGAAAGAACUUCAGAAUGAGGAGUAACCUUAUUGACCAUAAAAGGAUCCACACAGGGGAGAAGCCACAUGAAUGCAUGGAGUGUGGAAAGAGCUUCAGAGUGAGGAGGCAGCUUACUGAGCAUAAAAGGAUCCACACAGGGGAGAAGCCACAUGAAUGCAUGGAGUGUGGAAAGAGCUUCAGAGUGAGGAGGCAGCUUACUGAGCAUAAAAGGAUCCACACAGGGGACAAGCCAUAUAAGUGCAUGGAGUGUGGAAAGAGCUUUACUAGUAGCGGUAAACUUACUUCCCAUAAAAGGAUCCACACAGGGGAGAAGCCAUAUAAGUGCCUGGAGUGUGGAAAGAGUAAAAGGAUCCACACAGGGGAGAAGCCAUAUAAGUGCCUGGAGUGUGGAAAGAGCUUUACUGAGAAGAGUCAACUUACUUCCCAUGAAAGGAUCCAUACAGGGGAGAAACCCUAUAAAUGCAUGGAGUGUGGAAAGGGCUUUAGAAUGAGGAGUACCCUUAUUGACCAUAAAAGGAUCCACACAGGGGAGAAACUGUAUAAAUGCAUGGAGUGUGGAAAGAGCUUCAGAACAAGCCGUCAACUUAUUGCCCAUAAUUCAAUCCACACAGGGGACAAGCCAUAUAAGUGCAUGAAGUGUGGAAAGAGCUUUCGUACUAGGAGUGAACUUACGUCCCAUAAAAGGAUCCACACAGGGGAGAAACCAUAUAAGUGCAUUGAGUGUGAAAAGAGCUUUCGUACUAGGAGUGAAUGUACUUCCCAUGAAAGGAUCCAUACAGGGGAGAAACCACAUGAAUGCUUGGAGUGUGGAAAGAGCUUCAGAAGAAGCAGUCACCUUAUUGUCCAUAGACGGAUCCACACAGGGGAGAAGCCAUAUAAGUGCACUGAGUGUGGAAAGAGCUUCACC